GUCGAAAAUGCAGAUCCCUCGGCCAAUCUAGCCUAUAUAUCGCUACAAGGGGCUCUUCACGAGAGUGCCUGCUAUCUCAAUCCAGAAAAUUCGGUGCCUACAAAGUACGAGGUUCAACCUUAACAUUUUGACUCCAAGCAAAGCGAUAAAAACGUCAUUACAUAUCUAUACUUUCUUCGAUUAACCUAGUUGCUUUCCUGAAUACCGAUCGUAUCUAGUCCCUUUCGUCCGCUAUUCCAAUUCGGUUGAGUUCACGCCUAGUGUUUCUCUCUUCAGUUCUCAAUAGCACCUUUGUGUAGCAACAGAAGAAGCAGACUCGAAACCUUCUCUCUUUUUGGUCUUUGCGUCUGACAAUGGCUCGCGGGAACAUCGAUGUGUACAAGGUCUUCUACAAGGGCGAUUACGACAACUUUGUCGUGUUUGUCGAGGAUGUUACUGCAGUGCGGAACUGGAAGAAGGACCGCUCAAUUCCGCUAGCGCAGGUGGUGAAUGGGUUUAAGAUUUAUGUUACACAUCGCCAAGGGGCCCAGGGAAUAUAUGACGGAGCGAGCAAAUCGAUUUUGGAAAGCGAGUUUGGGACGUCGAAUGAGGAUGAAGUCAUAUCGAAGAUACUGGAGAAGGGAGAGAUACAGGAGACCGAGAAUCACGAACGCAAUGGAACGAAGAAUGACUCCAAAGGAAUCUAUAUAAGGCGCUAAAUUGAUGAUAUACCGUAUCAACGAGGAUUUAAAGAGCCGGAUGGAGUGGUCUUAUGGAAGGCUGCCUCGUUUUGGGUGGCAUGCAGGGAGACAUUGAUAUACGCCAUAUAGGGCUUUAUGUGUGGAAGCAGGUCGAUUGGCAUAUCGUGGCCUAUGGGCUGGUUAGCUAUGUUUAUAUAGCCCUGGAAGUUAUAUAUUUACAUACAUUUUGCUA